AUGAAUCUGCAAACCCCUCAAUUCACCGUCUUUUAUGUGGGGAGCCCAGCCCCUGAUGUCGUGAAGAACUCCUUUCUUCAGCUUCCCUUGCUGAAGAACCCCACCCCUACCUUUCAAUAUCACCUCAAGGAAGCCAAAGCCCCGCACUGCUCGGCCUGCGAAGUAGCACUAAUAGGAACAAAGGAAAGGAAGCCACCAGCAAUUGACUGGGCUUACCACAAGGCCAGUGUGGCCAAGGCUGGCUUGGCGGAUGAUUGUGAAAAGCAGUUUAAUGCCCCGAAGAUCCCUGUGCCUGAGGAUAAACACACAGCCCUGGUGGAUGAGGAGAAGGAUGUGAACAACUGUGCUGAGUUUCUGUCUGGAUCUCAGGCCAGGAUCCAGAAGAAUGAGAAGCAGCUCGAGAAAAUGAAGAACAUAAUUCCCUCUGACCAGAUGAUCACUGAUGAGAUCUUCCCAGAAACUAAGCUAGACAAGAAGAAGAUGGCCCCACUAGCCCAUCAAGAGAGAACCUAUGAAGCAGGUCAGGAAGAGGCCCUGGCCAACAUAAAAUAAAACAUUUGCAUAGGAAGAAGAAAAAUCAAAGCCUGCCUCCAAGUGACACAUUUCCUCCAACAAGGUCACACCUACUAGGCCACAUGUCCUAAUCUUUCUCAAAUAGUGCCAGUCCCUGAUGACAAAGCAUUCAAAUAUAUGAAUCUGUG